UCAACCAAAAAAAAAAGUCACCUCUGACCAUGGUGUCUGUCUCUAUCUAAUCUCUUCCUCUUGAAGCUUUUCGCUGCCACAAUGAAACACUAACAAGUGACAAUUUGACGCACCCAAUCAAUCACACAUUCACACUCUUAUUACUUCAAUUUUCGUUCAGAAAAGAAACCCAUGGCUAUGGAGAACAACUAUUCAUACCCAUCUUACCCAGACUCAGGGGACUCUUCUCCGCGCUCAAGAGAGAUCGACUUCGAGAAUCCACCUCCAUGGGACGACCAACAACCGCCACCCAACUACAAGGCCAAGUUCAUGUGCAGUUACGGCGGCAAGAUCCAGCCUCGCACCCACGACAACCAGCUCUCCUACGUCGCCGGCGAGACCAAGAUCCUCGCCGUCGACCUCAACAUCAAGUUUAACGCCAUGAUCGCCAAGCUCUCCGCCCUCUGCGGCUGCGACCCCAAGGACCUCUCCUUCAAGUACCAGCUCCCUGGUGAGGAUCUUGACGCUCUCAUCUCCGUCACUAAUGAUGACGACCUUGACCACAUGAUGCACGAGUACGAUCGACUCUACCGUGCUUCCGCUAGACCUGCCCGCAUGCGAUUAUUCCUCUUCCAAGCCAACACUACUAACACUAACAGUAAUAACAACCUUCCUCCCUCUUCUGAUAACCGUCUUGACCCGGCCCAACCCGACCCGCUCAAACCGAAUCCCAACGUGGAUUAUCUCUUUGGUCUUGAGAAGAAUACUGCUGUUAAUGUUGCUCCUCAGCAGCUUCAGCCACCUGCGCCGUCACCGCCGGCGGCUCCUGUCCCGGUGAAGUUCCAUGAUACGGUGCCGGAGCCUGUCCCGCCGCCGCCGGAGUACCAACAGAGAGUUGCCGUUAAUUCAUCUGAUCGUGUCGUUGGAUCGGAUCCGAACUUGAGCCACCCGCUGGAAGUUCAGAGGCAGUUUCAGAGGAUGCAAAUUUCGGAAAGCGAUCAAGCUGCUGCGUAUCGGAGGAAGAGCGAGGAAGCUCUCGUCGGGAAUUAUGCCCCUACCGGCGGUGACUAUUACGCUCAGAAAGCUCCUCCGGCGAGUGCGCCGUUACAACCUGGAUAUUGGCCUGAUAAGCAUGUUUCCAGCGAGGCUUAUCAUCCGGCGGCAUCGUCCGCUGCCGGCGGUGGUGAGCCGCCGGUUUAUGUGAUUCCGGCGCAUGGAGCGUUCUAUCAUCACGCGCCUGUAGUUCGUCCACAGACUCCUCCACCGACAACGCAGGGUUACUACGCGGUGCAGCGAAUGGCUUCCGACGGUUACCGCGAAGCUCCGUUGUACGGCGGCGUGCCGCCACAUAAGCCGCCGUUUUCUUCGGCUGCUCCGGCGAACAUGGCACCACCACAGCCGCUUAAAGGUCCCGGUUAUACGGAAGGAUUCGGGGUGGUUAGGCCAGUUGGGAUGCAGGAUAAUACCGGUGCGGCUUACGCACAGGUGGCGUACGAUAGUGGAAGUGGAAGACAGGUUUACUACACUGCGCCGGGUGGUGGUGUCGUGCACGCGCCGCCGUACCAAGGGGUUACUCAGGCUCUAACGGGUGGUGGGGUGUCCUUGGGUCAAGAUGGUAAGGUCAUAAGCAAGGUUUCUCAAGGUUCUGUGUGAUUAUUAAAAGUUAUUAAGAUUAAGGUUGUGUUAAUUUUGAAAUUUUACUUAAAUAUAUAUGUUUCCUUUUAUUUAUCUUCCUAAUCGUAUUAAUAAGAUACUAUACGUUUAUUA